GGUGCGACUCGGAAGAGAUUUAACGGCGAGCAGCGCACGUUUCCUCUGGAGUUUGUGGUCGUUUCUCCAGCUUAAUGUCAAAUACCUCCACUCUGUGCCACAAUGAACAGCUGCAGUAGAGUCGCCUGUAAGGGUGACUGGCCCUCCGGCCUUAACACCCUCUUCUCUCGGAUCAAACCACGGACGAACUGCCGCCGGGGCCCGGGGGCAGCGCCGUGCCACAGCCGGGGCCGGGCCACCGCCGCGGGAGAGAAACACCGCCGGACAGCGAUCGACCUGGCCCGGAAGGUCCGGCAGGAGAGGGCGGCGCCGACGGCUGCCGAGGCUCCGGUGUCCGGCCAGCAGAGGAGGGUGAUGGAACUGAAACGGUUCAGUCUGCAGCUUCAAAAUGUCCAUCCUAACGUGCUGGCCAAACACCUCCACAGAAGCGUGCUGUACCAGGGUAAAGAUGUGGUGGUCAUCAAUAAACCCCAUGGUGUCCCUGUCCGAGAUGACUCCAAGGUCACAUCCAUCUCCUCUGUGCUUCCUGUCCUUUCCAAAAUGAUGGACGGGAUGAAGAUCAAGUCUGAUUCUCAGCUGCUCCCCUGUCUGGGACUGGAGAAAGAGACAACAGGAGUUCUCCUGCUGGCCAGGAGUGAAGAGGCAGUGGAGCACAUACUCAACCUGCACAGAAGUAACCAAGUGGAGAGAAAAUACUGGGUCAUCACAGUGGGUGUACCUGUGCCAUCUGAAGGAGUGAUUGACAUUCCCAUUAUAGAGAGAGAGGUCACGGGCCCUCGGCCACACUACAAGAUGGCGUUAAGUCCUCUUUUCAGAAUGAAUGCUGCAGGUGAUGGGGUAACCAAAGUCCGUGGUCAUCGGCAGGCUCAUCCUGCUGUGACCAAGUACAGAGUCCUGGACAGCAGCAGUGGUUGCAGCCUUGUUGAACUUCAGCCUUUUACCGGAGUGAAGCACCAGAUGAGGGUUCACAUGGCUUUUGCUCUGGCAUGUCCCAUUCUAGGUGACCAUAAAUAUUCCCACUGGAGCAAACUGGCACCCCAGAAAUUACCGGAACGUGUGUUGGGAAAGCUCGGACUGGAACAGAGCAACAUCCGGUAUCUUCCUCUCCAUUUGCAUGCUCGACAGCUGACACUGCCAGAAGCCAGUCAAAUAGACAUCAACGUGUCCUGUCCGCUGCCUAAAUACUUCACACACACACUGAAACGACUGCAUUUAAACCCUCCUGAUGAAAAAGAUGACAAAUGAUGACACCCUUGCUUUUUGUUAAAUUCUUUGCAUUCCAAUGGAUGAAAGAAAGUGUGUUACCAUUUAAAUUAAAUGAAAAAUUAAAGGUUUUUUUUUUGUAUCCCUGUUGUGUAGAAAAUGACUGUACAGUGCUAUACAACUCAUUUUAGUAAUAAAGAAAUGAAACAUAA